CGGCCGCUCUCAUGUAACCCUUUGUCUUGCUGUAACCUCGUGUGUUGUUCUAUGUUGUGGAAACAGGGAGUCUGGUCUUGUUCCGAUCGGUGGUUGGAGGGGUUUGUUUGUAGAGGCUGUGCCAUCAGAGAAGCUGUGAUAGGAUAGACAACCAAACAGCAGCUCGACCCCUCUGACUGCGCCAUUACUGUGGAGUAUCGGCCACACGGCCUGUCGUGUUUGCUCUAAACCUAGGCCCCAACUGUUAGCCAGGCAAUCUGACUCGCCACCAGCCCCCAUUCACUGAAGGGGGCUCCACACCAUAACGUUGUCGUCUGCUACGAGUUGCAGACGUUCAUUAUCGUCUGCUGGUCGGGAAGUUGCAGACGUGUUGUGUCGUCUGCUUGUGUUGUGGGUGACUUGAGAGCACAAUUACCUACAACACAUAGCAGCAACGUGAGAUAGAGAGGGGCACACGAGAGUUUACAACGCAUAAAGUCAGGACAAGGCGACCCUAGCAUGCUCGCGGGGAGUCGGAUCGCGCUGUGGAGCAGUGAAUUCGAGACAGGAGUCUUUCACACAACUGGAUAGCUGCCUGUCAUUUCUCACUCGUCCGGGACUCAUUGUCUACAGCUUUACAGUCGAGACUAUAGAAGCCGCAACACGCUCCAGUGCCGACUGACGAGCCUCGCCGAGCCCGGCCGGACUUAUUGCUGAGUACCACUGAAGCAGAAGCGAUAUACUACACCAGUACGGGCGAGACGGCCAACGCUAGGCGCUCCCAACAAGAAGGAGCGGACUGUGGAUAGAGGAUCGGGACAGUUGUGCAGAAUAUAUACAGAAAGUGUGCCCUAUACAUGCUUCAGAUGGACAUACAAAAGUAAGAUGGCGUCAUGAUGCAUCCCACCUCUUCCUGGAUCCCCACCCCUGACGGUUAGCCACGUGGGUGAUGGCAGUUCUUCGUGUUUACAACUGUACUCGACCGGCUAUGGAGCUCACCGUGUUCCAGGGGUCCGUCCAUACCGCCUCCCUGGCCGUGUGUACCGUCCUUGUGUUGUUUGUGCUCAUCCUUGGAUCUGUGGGUAACGGAGUCGUCAUCCUGUCGGCCAUCAAAUGUCGAAAACUGAGAUCGAACUUCGAUCUGCUGAUUGUGAACCUUGCGGGUACGGACUUUAUAUUGUGUACCUGUUUGUCGCCCGUGUUUCUAUACCUGUUGUUCACAGACCCGCCCACACCGAAACUCUUCUGCGGGAGCUUCCUGUUCCUCGGGACAGCGUGUGGCAUGUUGUCUCUCCUGACCAUAGUCGCCAUCGCCAUCCACAGACAGGCCCGUGUUGUGGGACACGCCAAGGGGACGCUCACCCCCACCCAGACCGCCGUUAUUCUAGGAACAGUGUGGUUUAUUAGCCUCUCCACAGCGUUAGGUGGCACUAUGCAUGUGACUUCAAACUGGAACGACUCCUUCCACAACUGCCAAGUUAUCAUCAACAGUGCAAAUCUGAAAACCCACAACUUCAUCUUGUUUUUCAUCAGCCCCGUGGCUUUACUUGGCUUUGCAAUCAUCAUCGUAUCCUAUUUAAUCAUCGCACGGGCUGUGAGGACCCAAAGUCAAGUCCGAGCAAUAAAAUCUCCUGGCACUCAGACCACCAUAUACAGACCGCCGAAACCAAAGUCCAAUGACAAGAAACCUCUAGACAAACGGCCGUUAGCCUUGGUACCAAAGGACAAAGGAAAGAGGUUGUAUCCCGGAAGAUAUUGCCCGUGUUGCAGCAACCAAGCUAUCCUUGACAAGGAGAACAAGGCGGUGACAAUGUGUUUAGUGGUUAUUCUGACUAUAGUGUUGUGCUGGAGCCCGUUGGUGAUAUCUCAGUUCGUGGAGUUGAUUACAGGAGAAUCUAUCAUUCUGUAUCAGGUAAAGCUGUGUGGUAUUGCCCUAGUGUUCCUCAAUAGUGCUCUGGAUCCGUACAUCUAUGCCCAGCAUAACGGUCGGAUUAAACACAAAUAUGGACGGAUGAUUUGGGAGGCGUUACGAUGUGAUUGUAAAGGACCCAGAAGGAAAAUCAUAACAGUGCCAGGUACGGGGAAAAGGGAAAAGUUAAAACACAAAUCCCAAUCUCACGUUGACCAGGACACGCAUACGCUCAAUCUAGCCUCACCAAAACAGACUAAAAAGUUCAUGGAGAAGCGUGCUUUCCAUGCUAAUAAUGUACUUCAAAAGACGUACACAUCCAACAUACUGCUGUACCACAAUGCACCAACUACUAAACUUGAUAAACCAACGACGCCAUGCGGUAACAAUGGCAGUGCAUCUGUUAAAAAGACCAACCAAGUUGGGGACUUGCAAGCAGUUGUGUACGAGGUGAAAAGUUUUGUCCACAAAUCCUGUUGCCACACAGGGUCCCCCGAGGACCAUAGCUGGGUGGAGUCUUGACCCCUUCCCCUUAUCACCCCCUCCGUACCAGAAGGGGGUGUUGGUUUACAUGUACCCCCCGCCAGUGUUUUGCUACCCGCUUGGAUUCAAAGGCCCAUUCUUGCGCCAAGGAUUAAGUUUCCCUUCUUAUGGUAAUGCCGAGAACACAGCGACUUAGCUGUGCCUUGUGAUGUAAAUCUGUAACUUCUUCAACGGCCACUUUUCAACUUAUCACGGGACCCGAAACAUAUUUUUCACCUCUGACCUAAGUAUUAUCCAAAGUUAUCAAACCAUUUCGGCAGAACUGUACCUUGAAUUACGCUCAUUAUGCUGCUAAGACGUUAUCGCUCUCCACCUCGCCUUUGAUGUGAUUUUUAACAUCAAAAGCUCAUAACAGCACAGGUUUACACACCGUAACAAUGGAAGCUGUAAUGGCAAUGUUUUUUAUCGAGCGUUAACAGAUAUAUAUAGUCUUUUGUCUUGAACAUUUUAUGUCGGAAGCAAGAAGCAAAAUGUAUUCUGAUAUGCAGUGUUCAGGCUGUGUGCUUUUGACAUGCUCUCAGGUCACUGAGUCCGGCGACGUGUAACAUGCCUGUUCUUACUUCCCAGGUGCUUGUAUGCGCUAUGGCAGGUACCAGCUUGCCAUUUUCACGUCAAAUAGAACUCUUGAAACACUACGAUUUUGACACAUGCUUCUAGAAACCCAAAACUGGCAUUUGACGAAUUCUCUGAUGUAUUAAAUAUGUAGUUUGUGAUGUUUCGGCCUUUCCAUAUAGCAACGCCGUGAACUGUGCUGUUAGCGAAUUUUCUCAGCGUAAGUGUAAAGCAUGAUUUUGAAAAUUAACAUUUACUUUUUGCCUCUAACAUGAUUCAGCAACCUUUCCGCUGCCAUAAAAGAAAAAGUCAAUAGUUUUUUUAGAUCCUUCCCAUAUGGUGUACAUUCUCUUUGAUAGAAGGAAACUUUCUGUGGCUAGGGGGAACUGGCAUUUUCGGUUUGGAAAUGUUAGGAUGUGAGGAAAAGGACUUGGAUGACGAAUGACUGGUUAUUGACCUUCACUGCGAGUGCGGAGGGGGAUAAUGUACACACAACAAGUGCAAUGUGACUUAUAAGUUUCGAGAUUUUACGAGACUUGGGCCCAGCCAUCGUGACGGCUGGUGGUAAAAACGGCCAACCAAAUCUUGGAAAAAAAAUACCAAUGGAUUUUUAAUGACUCACGCAAUACGUAAAGAUGUUUUAUUAAUAAACAGAACAAUCAGUACGUGCUGGGCUUAUAGUCGAAACCGUAGCUGCCAUUUACUUUUUAAAAAGAAGUUUGGCGGUCUGAACAAAGAAACAGUAUGUGUAACUUUGGCGAAGUAAGAAUGUCUUUGUUGGAACUUUGUAUUGUAUUACAAUGUGGGUGAAAACCGUGCUGGUGUAUGUGAGACGGAGCAGUAUUUUAUGUGUGAGAGAACUUGUGUUCUCUGAAUUGUACAUAUGUGGUAACUGUGAUGAUGAACGUCUAUUAAAUGACAAUCUUGCUCAUCUU